AUGCAGAUCUUUGUGAAGACGCUCACGGGGAAGACUAUUACGCUCGAAGUUGAGCCGAGCGACACCAUUGAAAAUGUCAAGGCGAAAAUUCAGGACAAGGAGGGAAUUCCGCCUGACCAGCAGCGUCUGAUCUUCGCCGGCAAGCAGCUUGAGGACGGCCGCACGCUGUCCGAUUACAACAUUCAGAAGGAAAGCACCCUCCACCUUGUACUGCGGCUUCGCGGAGGCAUGCAGAUCUUUGUCAAGACUUUGACUGGCAAGACGAUCACGCUGGAAGUGGAGCCCAGCGACACGAUUGAGAAUGUCAAGGCCAAGAUCCAGGACAAGGAGGGAAUCCCACCUGACCAGCAGCGUCUAAUCUUCGCCGGCAAGCAGCUCGAGGACGGCCGCACACUCUCUGACUACAACAUUCAGAAAGAGUCCACUCUUCACUUGGUGCUGCGACUCCGUGGUGGCAUGCAGAUCUUUGUCAAGACACUGACUGGCAAGACGAUCACGCUGGAAGUUGAACCCAGCGACACGAUCGAGAACGUAAAAGCAAAGAUCCAGGACAAGGAGGGAAUCCCGCCCGACCAGCAGCGUCUCAUCUUCGCCGGCAAGCAGCUAGAGGACGGCCGCACACUCUCGGACUACAACAUUCAGAAAGAGUCCACCCUUCACUUGGUGCUGCGACUCCGUGGUGGUAUGCAGAUUUUCGUCAAGACGCUCACCGGAAAAACAAUCACGCUCGAAGUCGAGCCCAGCGACACUAUUGAAAAUGUGAAGGCAAAGAUUCAGGACAAGGAAGGAAUCCCUCCGGAUCAGCAGCGUCUCAUCUUUGCCGGAAAGCAGCUCGAGGACGGCCGCACACUGUCGGACUACAACAUCCAGAAGGAGUCCACUCUUCAUCUCGUCUUGCGACUCCGCGGUGGCAUGCAGAUUUUCGUCAAGACGCUGACUGGCAAGACGAUCACGCUGGAGGUCGAGCCCAGUGACACUAUAGAAAACGUCAAGGCCAAAAUCCAGGACAAGGAAGGGAUCCCGCCCGAUCAGCAGCGUCUCAUCUUUGCCGGCAAACAGCUUGAAGACGGCCGCACCUUGUCCGACUACAACAUCCAGAAGGAGUCGACGUUGCACUUGGUCUUGCGGCUGCGCGGAGGUAUGCAGAUCUUUGUCAAGACUCUCACUGGCAAGACCAUCACCCUGGAGGUCGAGCCUAGCGACACCAUUGAAAACGUGAAGGCAAAAAUUCAAGACAAAGAAGGCAUUCCUCCGGACCAGCAGCGUCUCAUUUUCGCCGGCAAGCAACUCGAAGACGGCCGCACCCUCUCAGACUACAACAUUCAAAAGGAGUCGACCCUUCACCUCGUCCUCCGGCUGCGCGGAGGCAUGCAGAUCUUUGUGAAGACCCUCACCGGCAAGACCAUAACCCUGGAGGUCGAGCCAAGUGACACCAUCGAAAAUGUGAAGGCUAAAAUCCAGGACAAGGAGGGCAUUCCACCGGACCAGCAGCGUCUGAUCUUUGCAGGCAAGCAGUUGGAGGACGGGCGCACUCUCUCCGACUACAAUAUUCAGAAGGAAUCGACCCUCCAUCUUGUCCUGCGGCUCCGUGGUGGCCAGUAGAACUUUUUCUUCCUAGCUGCACUGGUCCAGUGACUUUUUUUAUUGGUUCUGUGUCGACCAGCCUUCGGGCUUUCACACAAGGGGACGUG